AACAUUAUACUUCUAACUUCACUUUAUACACGUAAAAACAUAAUUUUAUUGGUCAACAAUUAUCGAAUAACACAAAUUCGGAGUAUAGGUAAGCAAAUAUUCUCGACAAAAUUAAUAUUCGAUAGAUAUCAAAUGAACGGUAUUAUUGUAAGUUUGCAUUGAUGUUGAUGUUGAUAAUACUAAAUGAUUGUGUCAAUUUCAAAUUUAAAUUACUACAAUAAGUCGUAACAUACGAAAAGAAUAUGUAAUUAAAUGCCACUGUGUUUCAAGUAGAUGACACCAUUUGUUGAAUAAAUUAAAAUUAAGGUUCAAGGUUAUUUCUGUGGUCAUUGGAGGUCGUUUCUCCCUGGAAUUGGGCUUCACUUUUAUUCGUAAAAGUAUAGAGAUGUACUCUAACUCCGAUAUACAUAUUGUAUACACGUCUAUGCUUUUACUCCUCUAACCUAUAAUAUUGAUUUCCGUACCGUCUCUCAGGUUUGUGUGAAACAUUGAUAAAUGCGGUUAAACCGAGUCAAACACCUAUCUAUUAAUUUUAUAUCGAAGCAAUGAUGCUUUCUUUGAAAAACAUUCAUCUUGUUUGAAACUUGUCAUUCGAUCUGAUCAUGUGAUGUUACUUAACCUAUUAAGAAGAUGCAAUAAUUAAUUUAAUUAUUGUACGUAUACAUAUUACUUAUUGUACACAUAAUAAUAUUCACACGUAUACAAAAUUAUUUUACUGCAAGCUCUGUGUAUUUCUUCGAUAUUAUUUUAUUCUUGAAUAAAUUUCAUAAAUCAAUGGAUUGUAUAAAGAUUUAAUUCUGAGUUUUUUUAAAUAUUGUAAUGCAACUGUGAAAACGUACAGAAGAUAUUGUAACACACACUAAUAAAAAAUAAUGGCAAGCACAGAAGAUACUGAAAGUAUUCCAGCUUGGGAACCAUUGAGAUUGACUUACAUCAAACCAUCUUUCAAUAAUCAAGAAUCAAUUUUAGCAGCACGUCAAGAUUUAUGGCACAAAUUCAUUGUUUACAAUAUAAGACAAUGUCAAUUAAAGGAAAUAAUGAAUAGGAUCAUUCUUGCUUGUGACCCUGAAGUCCUAUUGCCUGUUAAAUGUAAAGAGGAAUCCUCGAAUAAAAGUACUUUCUUGGUGAAAAGUGCUUCUGCUGCUAUUCAAAAUCUUGUGAAUCAAGGUUUAUGUCUAACUAUGCUGAAUGGAAAUGAGAUACGUAUAGAUAUUGUAUUAGGAUUUUUAUCGGUCACACAGUUACCAUUGAAUCCAAAUAAAAUUGUAGCACAAGCAUUGUAUUAUAGAUAUGAACGUACAAAAAAGGUCUUAAAUCUUGAUGAUUUUGAAAAUGAGAAGUCUUUGUGCUCCAUAUAUUGUCCCAUAUCUGUGCCCAGAGUACUACAGUUCGUUUUGAGAUGCACCAAAGUAGGAAUUAAUCAUGAUACAACACUACCUGUCCGUGAAUUAAGUUUAAAAUAUAAUAAAAUCACAGCCAUUCUACUGUUUGAGAAAUUUUUUAAUUAUCAUUUGACCAAGUUAGAUUUAAGAUAUAAUAAUAUUGGAGAUGUGGAUUAUUUACGCUAUUUUAGUGAAUUUAAAAUAAGUGAACUCUGGCUGGAUGGAAAUCCACUGUGUGCAAAAUAUAGCAAGUGUCGGGACUAUGUGCAAGCAGUAAAAAAUGUUUUUCCUCAUCUGCAAAAAUUGGAUGGAAUUAUAAUAGAUACAGAGCAAAAAUUUGUUCCUAUUCUUCAAAGUAACUUUUUAAGAGAUGGUACAAAAACUUGCCUUAUCAAACAAUUUGUGAAGCAUUACUUCACAUUAUAUGAUCAAGAUGAUAGACAAGUGAUGAAUGGAUUAUAUGACAGAGAUGCACUUUACUCUAUGACACUGGGGCCUAUUGUAAAUUAUGUUCAUAAACAAGUAACUAAAACAUUUAUUAUAAAUAGGAAUUUACUUAAAUUUGUUGAUUAUGCCAAGUGUCAAGAAUUCUUAUUAAGAGGCCCAGAAAAAAUCAUGUCUGCAUUAAGAAGUCAACCACCUACAAUACACAAUUUUAAAUCAUUUCACGUCGAUUUUUUGUACGAAGGCAAAACUGAUCUCGCAAUUUCUGUACAAGGAUUGUUUUCAUUCCGAGAUGUUGCUUGUCCGCCGAUGUUUUUCAGCAAAACUUUCAUCAUUAUGCAAAAAGAAGAUAACGAAUACUGCAUUACCAAUGAUCAGUAUUACAUCGAUGGAACACCCGCCAACAGUAAUGUGUCGAGUAGCAGUGAAUCAAAAUUUGAUACAAAGACUUCACCAAAAUUUGUACCAGCUGUGUUUAGUGUUUCGGAAAAGGAACAACUACUAUCGUUUCUGCAUGAAUUGACUACAAUGAACAUGAAAUUCUGCCACCAGUACCUUGAGGAGGCCAAUUGGGAUAUAAGGACGGCAAUUACAACAUUUAUGAACAUGUACACAGUAAAUAAUGUACCGCCCGAAGCUUUUCUUUUGUAAUGUACAAGAAUUCUAUUAACCAUAUAAAUCGAGGACUUACUGUAUUUAUAAAAUUAUUUACAUUGUAUUUACAAGAAAAUAAUCAUGUAAUUUUCAGUAAAAAUUUGUAUGUACAUAUACAUAUAACAGAAGGAAGUAAAAUAAAUCCAACAACU